AAGGAAAGGACCGUAACUACAGUAUGAUGUCAUGUCACCACACAGGCAGACAGGGCGAAAGCGACUCGGGGUGAGGAGUCUGCGACGUAAAUUAUAGGGAUAAUUUACCAUUCUUCAACGAUAGGGAUGAAAACCUGCAGCAAAGCUUCAGCUUGGGACUCUUAUUUGCGAAACAGUCUUUUGUUUUAGUCUUGGAUGCAGGAACACCUGUCAGCUAUGCGGCUUCUGUCAGCUCACUAAUAAAAAGAGAUGCUGGGGCUAAUGUUAUUGGCGAUGGUUUCUAUGGCAACAGGAGAAGACGUUUUAAACAUGUGCAUGGACGCCAAGCAUCACAAAGUCAAACCAGGACCAGAGGGGGACUUGUACCGGCAGUGUGCUCCCUGGAAGGACAAUGCAUGUUGCACGGCUAACACCACCUCUGAGGCCCACAAUGACCAAUCAUACCUUUACAACUUCAACUGGAACCACUGUGGCAUUAUGACAGAUAAAUGCAAGAAACACUUCAUUCAGGACACAUGCUUCUACGAGUGCUCCCCCAACCUGGGGCCCUGGAUCCAAAAGGUUGACCAAAGUUGGCGUCGGGAGCGAAUCCUGUAUGUGCCCUUGUGCAAGGAGGACUGCAAUAAAUGGUGGGAAGAUUGCAAAGACGACUACACAUGUAAAGAGAACUGGCACAAGGGCUGGGACUGGAGCACAGGAAUUAACCGCUGUCCAGAAAAUACCCUCUGUCGGAAGUUUAGUGACGUAUUUCCGACUGCACAGAGCCUGUGCGAAAAGGUCUGGUCUGACUCUUACAAGUACACCACCCACACAAGAGGCAGUGGCCGCUGUUUGCAGAUGUGGUUUGAGCAAGGCAAAAACCCAAACCCUGAGGUGGCACAAUUCUAUGCAAUACAGAUGGGUCUGGUCGGAAAGGCUUCUUCCCUCAGUCGCCCAGCUGCCCUCCUCCUCCUCACUUUAGUCCUCUCUUUGCUGUUUUCCUGAUAAUAAAAAAUCUACUGUACCUA